AUGUCUCGGACACCUCAAAUGACGGUUCGACAAGCACUUCAGAUUGCUCAGACCAGUCAAACCGGCGACAUGGAUCCACAGGUUCUCCAGAUUUUAGAGAACUACCUCUAUCAGCUCUGGACUCGCAUUCAAGCACAGCCGGAUACCUAUAUCAUGGAUCAACUGGAAUUCCCAGUGUUCAAUCACUUUCGAGCACGCAGCGAAUUUCAAAACGAGACCGCGAGGAAGGCAAUCGGAAGAUAUUGGGACAACCGAACUCCCGGCGACGGUUCUUCAAACUCGUCGCAGCGCCUGCUGCAAGCAGACAUGAUGAUCUGGCGCCGCAUGGACUGGGAAGACUACUACACGCUCCUGGAAGACGCGAUUAUUCGCGCCGCGACGCUUCAAAGGUUCGAAGACACUACACAUGUCAGUUGGCCAUCGUUAACAGAUCAACAGCUAGUAUCGCGACAGUCAUCUCCUCCACUCACGACCGAUCCAGACUGCACCUUGUAUGACGGAUAUUUCUAUGUCACUGCCCGAAACUAUACUUGGCAGUUGCAGUGCUCCAAUACCUACGAUGGCGUUAUCCUCGCUCAAACUACGGACACGACUGACUUGGGCUCCUGCAUCCAAGAGUGUGUCAAUUACAAUCGCCAGAAUACCCCGGGGGCUUGCUUAGCAGUCACCUUCAAUGGUGCUUUUGCCACUGCGGAUACUGUCUGCACCCAGUUCAGCGACGUUAUAUCGGUUGGAAUCGCGUCUGAAGAAGGAGGUAUGCAUACUCAGCUUCCUGCUAGUCACGAGGGAGAUGUGACACACACCAUCCAGCAGAGCGGUGAUGUUGUUGGCAAAACCACUUUGCAAGGGCAGUAG